AUUGGAAAAGGGAGGAGAGAUAGAUAGCAACUCGCACAACGAAACCCUCGAAGGUGGACAGGAAAGGCAUAAGAGAAAGAGUAGCCAGGAGAUGGAAAGGGCAAUAGUUAAGGAGAUGAAGAAAGCGCUGAGGCAAGUGUUGAGCACAAUAACACCAGGCGAAGCCGCGAGGGGAAGGAAGACGCCGCGAAUCCUGCCGGGUCCUCCAAAGCUGUGUCGUUCGAAGUCAAGUCUCUCUGUUCUCGACAACGACGAGAGUUUUCCAGUGUCCCCAGCGACUGAUUGUGGCGCUGUGCUGCCGGUGUCAAGUUCCAAUGUGAGGGGCAAGGCUGGCGCUCACGCGCCCGUUCGCAUAGCGAUUGAUCUCGGUACUUCGUCUUGCUCUGUGGCAGUUUGCCGCAAUGGGACUGUCCAGGUCAUACCGGACGCUUUGGGCAAGCUCUCAACUCCGUCUGCUGUGGCAUUCACGGACAAGAAGCGAUUGGUGGGCGUGCAGGCACAAAGUCAACAGCUGCGGACACCGGAAAACUUGCUCUUCGAAGUAAAACGACUGAUAGGAAGGGAUUACGAGUCGAUCACAGAAGAGGAGCGGAGAUGGUGGCCGUUUAUCGUCGUUAAGGGAAACUCAGGAGAGCCCAUGGUGGAGGUUAAGAGUCGAUUCUUGUCCCUUUUGCAGAGCAAUUGUGGAGAUCAGAUCAGGGUAGAGCAGCAGAGAAGGAUGUGUGGUACGGAGAGCGAGGUGGGCGGUUGGCCUACCCGGGCUGGGGGCACACCCUCGCCAGUUGGACAUGAAAUGACCUCCUCUAUGGGCAGUGAUGUAGGGUUGCAUGGCGGCGCGGGGUCAUCUUCUACCGAUGCUGUUUCCACGACGACUUACUUGGCGCCUGAGCAGAUAUUAGCGAUGCUUCUAGCGAAGAUGAAGUGUGAUGCGGAGGCUUUUCUUCAAUGUGAGGACCUGCACGCCGCUGUUAUUACGGUUCCAGCUCUCUACUGCGACAGGCAGCGAAUGGCCACCAAAGUGGCGGCGGAGAUCGCAGGGUUCAGGGAUGUGCAACUCGUCAGCGAAUCGACGGCAGCGGCUGUGUCCUACGCCCAUCACACGGGAUUAAUGUCUCUGGGCUCCUGCGGUGUUUCUUCCGCAGAAGAACCUCGAAGUGCCAGUAAGAUGCUAGUGUUUUCGCUUGGUGGAGGGAACGUUGAAGUCGCCCUCGUUACGAUCGCUGGUGGGGUGCUCACCGUGAACUCCACGGUGGGUAAUCCAAUCCUGGGAGGGAUGGACUUCGACCACAAGAUGAUGGAUCUGAUACGUCGUCGCGUGCAGAAGCAGUUUCAUCGGCCUUCGGCACUGAAGGGCAGGACGUUGUGGGAGCUGAAGACAGCGACUGAAAAAGCCAAGAAGGACCUUACUUUGCUGAAGGAUGCGCAGGUCGAGCUUGAGUUCCUUAGCGGCGACGGGAACGUGGUCAUCCGCCGUCAGGAAUUUGAGAAAGAGUGUAAGGAUUUGCUGAAGCAGUGCAUGGAAUGCGUCACUGACGUCUUACGGAAAACCCACACUUGGAUCACCGAGGUUAAUGCACUUGUGUUGGUGGGUGGGUCGACACGCAUCCCCAAGGUCGUAGACAUGUUUCGGAAGCUCUCUGACUUCUCGUUGGAGCUAAAGUCCCAUCCUUUUCAAGAUGAAGCUGUUGUUCGCGGUGCGGCGCUCUUUGCUGCCGGCUGCAGCGAAAGGGUUGUAGAGAUUCAUCCGGUGAGGAUUGCCUACUAUGACUAUCGGCGAGGGAAAUACAUGCCUUGGGGACAGUUAAGCAGGCCUCUGACACUCACUCUCCCACAGGAUGGGCAGAUGGAGCUGAACCUAUAUGAGAUUAGAAAACGCGGAGAACAACCUAUAAGGACUGCGACCAUACAGAUGGCGGAAAUAGGCAAGGGUGAAGUUAGCCAUCAUGCCCUCUUUCGGUUUACGAUCGAUCGAUGCGGCAUUUUGGGCCUUGACGAGGGAGGGACGGCUUCAGUGGCGGCACGACUUUAUAAAUACGGCCAACCAUCUACGGAUCAGAUUCGCUAUUGGAAACAGCUUGCCGUGGAGUUAACCGUGUACGAGAGGAGAAUCGGCGAGAAGAGCAGUGAGAGGAACCAAUGGACCAAGUACAUCUUCGAAGUGGAGAAGCGAGAGUCCUCAUGCCCUCCCUGGCUGGGGAGUAUCAUAUAUCAAUGGAAGUGUGACAUCGAGCGAUGGCUUGCCGAAGAGGGCGCAGGUAUUCAAGGUCGGACACAGCAGCUCACCAACUUCGAGACCAUGUUUGCCGACUUCAAAACGGGAUGUCGACAUGCGUUUGGAGAGUUGUGGGCUAGAUCGUUAUCGGGGAGGCGGUUCAUAGUAGUUGAUCGCUGGGAAGCAAGCGAUGUCGAUGAGUGUCUGCAGAAUCUUCGGGCGAACAAAAGUCCACAGCUCUGCGACGUAGUCGUCUCAAUGUCAUUCAAGGAGCUUUGCAAGGCAAAGAAACCCAUCGAAGAAAUCGAGGGAAUAGAGUUAGCGACACGCGGCUUUUCGUCCGAUGACAACGACGCGAGUCCGGAUGCCGUAAAGGCGAUCGGGAUCCCGUACGUGGUGCUCUCGGCAGGCCCCGUCUCGCCAUCGGACGAUCGCGCUCUUCGCUGCAAGGAGUGGAACAGAAUUGUUGGUCAGCAGGUGGCAAUAGCUGCGCAAGCCGGUCUUCGGGUUCUACUGCGCCUUGGACAAGAUGGUUCUGGAAACCAGCAGAGCAGUGAUCGGACGUUUGGAUUGGAGGAGGAGGAGAAGCGUGUGUGCGAAGCGCAGCUCAAGGACAUUGUCCCUCCCAUUGGCCGGGACUGGCGAAACAUAGAGAUCGUGUAUGCGCCUCCCCAGCAUGUGUCUUCUCCACAGACUGGCGCGCUUCUGGACAUUGACAUUGUCAGUAUGAUUCGGCACAUAAGAGGGCUGAUGAGGGACUUGGUGAAUAGCGAAGCUGCCGACUCAACGCGGGUCCUUGUGGGCGGAUGCUCAACAGUGGGGAUGUGGGAUGACCUCAUCAAGUGUGAGGAGAUUCAGGGGUUGGUUUUUGAAGGGGGGUUUCAAGACCGUCUCCUCGUCCAAAAACUCUGUGCUCCCACUUGGGAGCGGAGGCGCAAAGUCUUACUUUGCCGCGAGAAAAGUGGACAUUCACCCAUCCUGGACAAGCGGAAAAUAGAGCAACUGCAGAACGUCAUCAAGGACCUGAUGGCUGGAGAUGAGGUUAUCACCGUUGUCUUGAUUACUGUGAACAGUGUGAAGAACGCGAAAACUGAGAAUCCCAGCGGCUUACGCGCGACAGAGACUGAUUCCGUGGACUUGGUCUGGAGAGACGGUGCUUACCAACAGGUAGAAAACCUCCGGAGUAAGGUGACGGUCAUCUCUCUGUGUAGCGGCUACCAUGGAGAGGAGCUUGAACAGGCAAUCGAGGACCACCUUUCAAGGUCGAGAGGGAAGCUGAAGCGACCAGAUUUUGCCGAAGGGGAGGUGGUGGUUGUGGAGUACAGGCCUAAGCUGGGUGUAAUGGAAAUACCACCGCCAAGUCUUGCUUUGGCCAUGGAGGCUGCUCUCGGCCGAAUCAGGAGGCGGAUUAUGAUGAACAUCAGCCCCCACGUGGCACAGGCGGUGCGGAUAGUGUGUUCGUUGGACGGGCUGGCUACAGAUACACACAUGCGCAGAGAAAUCACAAAGCAACCGAAUGUUGAUGGCGUAAGCCUGCGACUCGAAGAACCGGGAAACGGGACAGGCGAAGGAGCAGGGAACACUACAUCAAGAUCCGGGCACAGAAAAUACAAGAUCUCUGGUAAUGGAGGCAGCCACGACAAUCGGAGGUGAUCUUGUGUCUCUGAUGGCUAUGGGCACUUUGGUUUGAACGGGACAGCCAGUCCUUGUGCACGUGCUGGACACUG